AUCUAUCUCUAUCUAUCUAUCUAUCCUAGUUACUUUGGUGUAUUAUCUAAAACCAUAGAAAAAUGGAGGUGCAAAGAGUCCAGGCUAUCUCGACAUUAUCGAAAUGCAUGGACACGAUUCCGGCGGAGUUCAUCCGAUCGGAGAACGAACAACCGGCCAUCACCACCGUGAAGGGUGAGAUCCUUGAGGUUCCGGUGAUCGAUCUAUUGGGAGGAAACAUUGAGGAUAAUUCCGGUGUUGUUGAGGCGGUGGCGGCGGCGGCCAAGGAAUGGGGAAUAUUCCAAAUUGUGAAUCAUGGAAUAUCUGGAGAAGUGAUAAAUCAUUUGCAGAAAGUUGGUAAAGAGUUUUUCGAACUUGAUCAAGAGGAAAAGGAGUUAAUUGCAAAACCAGCUGAUUCAAAGAGCAUGGAAGGCUAUGGAACCAAAUUGCAGAAGGAAGUUGAAGGGAAGAAAGGUUGGGUAGACCAUUUGUUUCAUAGAGUUUGGCCACCUUCCGCCAUUAAUUACCAUUUCUGGCCCAAAAAUCCACCUUCCUACAGGGAAGCAAAUGAGGUGUAUACAGAGAAGUUAAGGGUGGUGGUAGAUAAGCUGUUGAAAUGGCUUGGGCUUGGACUUGGGCUUGAGGCCCAUCAGAUGAAAGAAGCUAUAGGAGGUGAUGAAACCAUAUACCUAAUGAAGAUCAACUAUUACCCUCCAUGCCCUAGGCCAGAUCUGGCACUAGGGGUUGUGGCCCACACUGAUAUGUCAGCACUUACCAUCCUUGUUCCCAAUGAGGUCCCAGGCCUCCAAGUUUUCAAAAAUGAUCAUUGGUAUGAUGUUAAAUACAUCCCUAAUGCUUUAAUUGUACACAUUGGUGACCAAGUUGAGGUAAUGAGCAAUGGGGAGUAUAAGGCGGUUCUACAUCGUUCUACUGUGAACAAGGAUACAACAAGGAUGUCAUGGCCGGUGUUCAUUGAACCGGCUGACGAACAAAAAGUUGGACCUAUCUCGAACCUCGUCGGAGAUAAUAAUCCACCAAAAUAUAAGACUAAGAAGUAUAAGGAUUAUGUUUAUUGUAAACUCAAUAAGAUUCCUCAGUGAAGCUGGUAGAGAAAUAAUAACCAUAAUAAAUGAGCUUUAAUUU